AUCCGCUAUACCCCCUCCAUCUACCAUCUCCCCCUUUACCCUUUGAUAUCAGGAGUCAGCGGUGUCGUUGGUGUUUGCUUCAUUUUAUUCUUGAUGUGGACUUUUGAUUUUGUCUUUUUGGAAGUUCUUGUUGGGUUUGUUUUUUUCAUUGUUUUAUGAUGUGUUGAUUAUGAUUUAUGUCAUUUGGUUCGUGAUCUGUUCUGAAAAACAAAGAAAAUCUUGCUGUUAUGGCCUUGUUUAUGGACGGAGGGUGUUGAUUGUGAUAGUGGUUGGUGUGUUCGCAUUGUCGUGGUCGGUUCUCUGCUCUGCUCUGCUCCUUUGCUGUGACUUUCUCAUCCUCUCACUGCUUACUAUACCCAUCGAGCUUAGAACAAUGAAUGUGUGGUGUGUGUAUUCUAUUAAGGAAUUUGGAGUAUGGAAGUAACAUGUAGUUUCGAUUAUAUUCUCUGCUUUUGAUAUGGUCUUAGGAUGCUAUUGCAUGUAAGUCGUCCUUUCUAUACUGC